ACACACACACACGGGUUUGAGCAAUGGUGAAGUGGGUGCUACUAGCCAUGAGCUUCUUGGAGCUCAAGCUCAGAUUUGGAACCACAUGUUCCAGUUCAUAAACUCCAUGGCACUCAAUUGUGCAGCUCAACUGGGCAUCCCAGACGUGAUUCACAACCACGGCCAACCCAUCUCUCUUUCCGAGCUCAUCGCUGAGCUCAAUGUCCACCCUUCGAGAGCUCAUUUCGUCUCACGCCUGAUGCGCAUCCUCGUCCACUCCGAUUUCUUUGCACAACAUCAUCAUGUUCAUCAUGAUCGUGACGAUGUGGAGGAAGAAGAAGCUGUUGUAUUGUAUAGCCUAACACCAACUUCUAGCCUUCUUCUCAAAGACGGGCCAUCAAACACCACACCACUUGUACUCAUGAUACUCGAUCCGGUACUGACAACCCCGUUUCACUUGAUGGGAGCUUGGUUGCAGAUGAACGGUGGUGAUGAUCCAGCUACUAUAUUUACACCAUUUGAAAUGGAAAAUGGAAUGCCCUUUUGGGAUUUGGCAGCUCAGGAGCCAAGGUUCGGUAACUUGUUUGAUGAAGCAAUGGAGGCUGACUCCAAGCUUCUCGGAAGGGAGGUGGUGGAAGAGUGUGGAGGAGUUUUUGAGGGCUUGAAAUCCCUGGUGGAUGUUGGAGGAGGAACAGGAACCAUGGCCAAGGCCAUUGCCAAUGCAUUCCCCAGCAUCAACUGCAUUGUGUUUGACCAACCACAUGUGGUGGCUGACUUGCAAGGAACCACCCAUAAUUUGGGUUUUGUGGGGGGAGACAUGUUUGUGGAAAUACCCCCAGCAAAUGCAAUUUUGCUCAAGUGGAUUUUGCAUGAUUGGAGCGAUGAAGAAAGCGUGAAGAUAUUGAAGAAGUGUAGAGAAGCAAUACUUCUGAGCAAAAAUGAUGAAGGGAAUAAAAAGAUUAUCAUCAUAGACAUAGUUGUGGGACAUGUCGAUAACAAGGAGAAAAUGGUGGAUAAGAAAUCCAUUGAAACCCAACUGAUGUUUGAUAUGCUGAUGAUGUCUACCGUCACUGGCAAAGAGCGUACCGAAUCAGAAUGGAAAAAAAUCUUUUUGGCUGCUGGUUUCACUCACUAUAACAUCACUCAUACGUUCGGUUUCAGGUCUCUUAUUGAACUUUACCCUUGAAAGUAAAUCUUCCUACCAGUAUUGUAUCAAUAAAAUUACGUGGACACACGCUGUAGUGAAUAUAGGUGGCCCUACUAUUAUAUUCCAUAUGUAUUAGAAUAAAGAGUACACCAACGAGUGUCAGUUUAUGUGACAAAUAAAUAAUAAGUGAAGUGUGUUUGUACAAAUGCAUUACUUUUGAAUUCUCCAUUUCCUGCUCUCGGCUUCUCUCCCUCUGUGUGUGUGUGUGUGUGUUGUGCAGGGAGGUUCUCCUUAACUGGUGCCACAUAUCCUUUUUAUAUUUUAUCUUCUUUUCUUCCUUUGUCUCUCGCAACAAGGAGAUGAUUCCCAAUCGUUGAUGGAAACAAGGGCACUGCUCCUAAAAAUAUGGGCCAAGUACUCGACACCAAUUAAACCAAUUCGCACCACUUGACUGGGAAUGCAGCAGCCCAAUUAGAUUAGGAAAACAUUUAUCAACUUAGGGCAACCGAGAAAGCUUCGCAUCAGAAUCCUUACCCUUACCUCGUUGCUAAGUCAACAAC